AUGAGAAAAAAUAAAGGUGAAAUCCCAAGCCAAUUUCAUCCACACAAGGAUCUCCCUGCACUCUCUUCAGAGUUUGCGUUCACACGAGAGAAAACUUUCGUGUCGUACGUGCCAAAGAAAAACAGAAGUGUAAUUUUGCUAUCAACGAUGCACCAUGAUAAAUCUGUGAGUGACACCAACCGCAAACCUGAAAUCAUAGAGUUCUACAACUCAACCAAAGGAGGCGUAGACUCUCUAGACCAGAAAUGUGCUGUGUCUUCCUUCAAAGAUGAACACGAAGAUGGCCUAUGGCAGUAUUCGGCGCUAUUCUAG